UUGGCACCCUCCGAGCUGCUGAUCGAAGCCUCUAACCAGCGUGCGCGGUUUGCUCUGGUGCAGGAGCCAUACGUCGGCGGAACAGGGCGUGUGAAGAGUCAAAAUGGGAUCAGAGUCUUCCAGUAUGCGGACCAUGGAAGUGGGACUGUAAAGGUCGCGAUCAUAGUUUUUGACGCGGACCUUCACAUAACACAGUACCCGAAACUCACCACGACCAACAUCGCAGUGGUGGGGAUCCGAGUCCGCAACUGGGAGAUCAUCCUGGUUUCAUUUUACUUUGAGCCCGACCUGCCGAUGGACUCGUACCUGGCACACCUGCGCCGGGUGCAGCGCGAGACAGGAGCUCGGAGUGUUAUAAUUGGCGGCGACUCCAAUGCCAAGAGCGUCUGGUGGGGGAGUCCCGUGACAGAUCGCCGCGGCGAGGAACUGCACGGCUCACUGGAGGACCUCGGGCUCUGCAUCCUGAACCGAGGGGAAACCCCUACAUUUGACACUAUCCGGGGCGGCGUAAGGUACAGCAGUUAUGUUGAUAUAACUGCCGUAUCGCCGAACCUAUAUAGCUUGGUGGACGACUGGCGCGUGCGCGAGAACCUGACCAGCUCGGACCACAAUGGCAUAUCCUACACAUUAACGACAAGGCACAUCAACAAGAAUUUCAUCAAGCACACCACAAGAAUAUAUUACACUAAACACGCAAAUUAUCAAUAG